UCCAAGAGUGACACAAUCUUGUCGAAAAUUCCCUGUCUGCCGAGCAUCUAGAAAUAAGAGGAACGAUCAAUUAAAUUGUCUGAAAUUUCCGUCAAAAUCAUUACAUUGCUGUCGAGAUCCAAUCGUUAAUAGACAAGUUGUUGAAGCAAAAUUAUUUACCAGAGAGGUUGACCAGGUAGCUGCUUCGCAACGUAUCUCAAAUAUUGAAUCUUCUACAUCAAAUGUCUGCUUGAAAAAAUAUGAGCCACAGGGGGUAACUUUCGAAGAAAAGCGUUCGAGCGAGGGCGAGCAGUUUAAAUGUAAAUUCAACGAGAACACUUGGAAGCAAAGCAGUACACCACGGAUCGUAAGGGCCAUUCGACAGAACAGCAAGAAACUCGGUCCAAAAACAAUUCGAUCGGUAACGUCUUAUCAACUACGUACAGGCAACAGUAAAAGCAGCGUUGUCGUGCUUUAUCACGGUAGAUUCACUAUUCCUCCAUCAUCCUCUUCGAAAGCUCUCGUGCUUUCCAAACUUUCAAAAUCCGACGAAACGGUACAAACAAAGCAAGUAUCGCGAUCGGAAGUUACAAGUCCUACAUCACCUCAUAAGGCCAAAGUCAUAGAAACUCCGGAAACUCUGUCUCCGAGAUAUCCACUACAUCGACGAAAAACUUGCAAAAGAUAUCGCUGCGUAUCGAGGCAACAGCCUUCUCUGAAUGUAAACAUUUAUCACGCGAAUCAAGUAGAGCGAUUUGUAUCGCCGCUGGAGUAUCAGUGGGCUCCGCUUAAAAGGCAAAUAGAAAUAAAUUGCAAGCAUAAGAAUCCACAGUGCGUAGAGUGCAAGCUUCCCAAAGAUUUUGUCAGGUCUCAAUCGAGAACAAUUACUUGCCACAGCAACAAACACGCAACGAAUCAAAGUUCACCUCAAUGUAUCGAAGAAGAAAGAGCUUGGGAGAAACGAUGCUCAUGCAGCGUUGAAGACGCCGCUUUGAAACCUAUGAACUAUCGUCAAAGGAGAGUGGAGACGGAGUACGCGAAAGACCAAAGGCAAUCGGCACCUUGCUCGCAUCUGGGCUUGCCGAUGCAGCAGAUACAAGCUCGCUCGAAAGAAGCGAACAUUAAAUCAGCAUUCGUCGUGAAUAAGAUAGACGAAACGAGUCGUGUGUUUCCUUUUCAAGCUACGCCUAGUGGUAAUCUCAAGAUCAUUCCAAAUCAGGUUGUAUUCGAGUCGAGGAAGUUCAGCGUUUUGGUUGCUGAUCCGCGACACACAAAGGUCAACGUCAAGGCCGAGCUUAAUCGACCAGGUGUUAACGUUGGCACAUCCGUAUCUGACUCCUCGAAUCGAACAAGAUAUAUUGAUCUUCCACCUGGCAUCACGCUGUCGACGAUCGAUCAGUUACAGGCACAAAAGAAGUUACCAUAUAUCGAAGGAAGUUAUAGAUCACGAACGCAACCAAGUACAAAGUUUUAUUCAUCAGAAAUGGAUCAAAAUCAUUCGGUUCAAUCGACAUCUCACCAACUUCCUCCAAUGAACGAAGUACCACUCGCCUCAUUGGGAUUUACGAAUGAGCAGCCGAUCAAUUGGAAUAAUAUAAUUCUCCCUGAAAAGACUGACUUGUAUCAGGAAUUAGCUAGACGUAUCACAAAUUAUAAGAAUGCUGACUGCGUCGUUCGAAUUGAUCAUGACGAGUUUCAUUGCCAUCUCCUUGUUCUGCAAAGUUACAGUACAUUUUUCGAUGAGCAAAAUUGCAAAGUUAUCGACUUGUCUGACAGCAACGUGACUUCCAAGGCUUUCUCUAUUAUUUAUGACUGGAUGAUAAGUCCAAUCAACGAAAGUUACCAACUAUUACGAAGAGAUAAUAUAUUAGAAAUUUUCAUGGCUGCGCAAUAUCUGGGUAUGAAAGAAUUAGAAGAGCAAUGCUGGGCAUUUAUUGACAACGACGAGCUCUUCUCCGAAGAUACUGCUUUUCUAUUAUACUUGGAAGCAAAGAAGAUAGAAAAUACUGCAGUAAUGGAAUUGAUGGUACCGAGAAUAAUGAAAUUUUUCUUGAUGCUCGUUAGCACAAAGGACUUUUUGGAAUUGUCAACAGACGAACUAUGUUUGUUAUUAAAAUCUAAUUAUAUUUGCGUCAAUAGCGAAAUGGAAGUUCUAAUGUCAGCCGUAAGAUGGUUGAUGCACGAUUGGAAUGAAAGAAAGAAAUAUAUGUUACAAGUGCUGAAAUGUGUUAGAUUUGGACUUAUAGCUCCGUGGCAAUUGGUAGAUGUCAAAAGAAAUCCUGAAAAUCCAGAAUUUAUGGAGUUGAUGUCUUAUCCUGAAGUACAAAAAAUGGUGGAUGAUGGUCUUGCGUUUGUUAUUAUAAAAUAUUGGUAUGGUAAUCAAACUGAAGAUUAUUAUCAUUGGAUCGAUUUGCUUGGACUUAGUGAACCGACUAAUCGCAACUGGGCAGGAGAAGACAAAAAUUAUGUUACGUAUCGCGAGUUUCUGUUAUAUCUUGAAGAGUAUCAAAAAAUCAAUACCUUGGAAAUGCAAACAAGGAAAAAUCGAGCAAAACCUACACCUCCUACUUCUCCUCCUAAAGAUAGCUCAUUAUUAUCUCUGGAGAGAACACAUACGGAUUGCAAUAAAAAUCAUUGUUGCACAGAUUCUCAUCUUUCAGAGCAAUACACAAUGCAGACUGGAGAACCCAAAAAAAAUGUGUCAAAAGUCGCGACUUCAUCGGGCAUGGUCAUGUCACCUGAAAUCUUAACCGCUUGUCUUAGUAAUAUGGGUAGAAAUAAUAAUAUAACAGCGAACAAAGCACAGUGCGACGGAAAUAGAAACAAUAAAUCUAUUGUUAACGAUACAAAAUAUUAUGCGUCAGGUGAAUUACCACGAAAAUCUUUGGACUUUUUGAAAAAUACGAAAUGUAUGUACGAACAUCAUCAGUAUGAGGCCCCAAUGAUUACGGAUAAAUCGACAUAUGAAGGCCGACCAAAAAAAAAAGUUCAUAAUUGUAAGCACUGGGAACAAAAUGGUAUAAAGAAACAACAGAAAGUGAUGAAAGAUUCAAGAUGUACAAAAGAUUCCGAUUCAGCUAAAUCCGAAGAAGAAGCAGCCACUAUGAUACAAGCUACGUAUAGAGGAUAUAAAGUCAGAAGAAAAUUUGACGAAAUUAAAAAAUCAUCCUUGGAAGGAAAACAGAACACUCAUAAAGUAGCCGAGUUGUUAUCUAUGUCAACGAGCCAAUGCGGAUGGUCACUUCAGAAAUCAGUUAAAGCAUCCAACAAUAUCGCGAAUUAUACAAAAAAUACAUUGCAUUACAUCUGAUAAAAGUAAAUUAGUUGUGCAAUGUAACAAAUGUUUAGUAAUCAAUAUAUAUAACUAGAAAAACUUUUUCUCUGUGUAAAAUACUUUAUGUUUUAUAUAU